AUGGACUCCUUCAACACCCCCGUCAGAAAUUCGGACUUUGUUUUAGACCCAAGCACCAUACUUAUGUGGCACAGGCGCUACGUCAGCGACAGUUCUGAGGAGGAGGGAGUGACCGAAGGGAGCCCGAAUGCCCAGCCGUUGAUGGAUACGUCGGAACCCAAACCCGACACCCUCGUGAGGCCCCCCGAUGAGCCUGAUGGCCUCUCUUUGUCCACCCCCUCAGAUUGCCGCUCGGAGGAGUUACCGGGGGACAAGGCAAACGGAAAAGACGGCGCUCAGCCUUUCACAGUGCCAGGCCCUGCAGCUUGCGAGCAGGUUGGUCGGCCUCUUGCAUCUGAGCAGAUCCUGUGGUUUGACAGCUCGAGGUGGGGCCAGCGCUUCCUCUGCAGCCUUGAGCCCUCAGUCGGACAGGGUGAGUCUGUGGAGGGUCAUUUGUUUCUUCUCUUCUUGUCGGUUUCUGGGCAAGCCUGGAAGAUGGAGGAUGAAGAAGGUUACACGGUAUUAAACCUCCGACGCCAGGAAAAAACCACCCCCCGCCUGUCACCAGGGAGGAUCCAAGAUUCUCCUUUGAGUUCCCAGUGUUGGAAACGCAUGCUAGGGAUUUUGGGGGCUGUUUGCAUCAUUCUGACAUUAGCCGUGAUCAUUCUGACUGUCCUGGUUUUCCAGUGUGGCUCUCAUGAAGGCCGGACGGGAACACCCCCAAAUGCCCCUGCGGACAGUGAUUCCGGGCAGAGAAGAUUGAACAGCGCAGAAGGCAGCAGCAGCAGCAGCCCAGAGGACGUCCUCACUCAUCUGAGACAGAAUCUGUGCGAGCUGCAAACACAAAGCAACGCAACAGGUGUAGGCUCUGAGUGCAAACUCUGUCCCAUGGAUUGGCUGUCGCACAGAGGAAAGUGCUACUGGUUCUCUAAAGGGAAUAAGGACUGGAAUGGGAGCCGUGAUGACUGUCCAAGGAAGAGGUCUCACAUCCUGGUGAUCCAGGACCAGGACGAGAUGGAGUUCAUACAGAACGUCACACAAGGGAAAUAUCCCGUUUGGAUUGGGCUUAACGUUACAUCCCCAGAGGAGAAAUGGACCUGGGUGGACGGCUCCAUCUUAAACCAAAAUCUGUUUCCGGUAUCUGGUCCAGCUGUGAGAAACAGCUGUGGGGUGAUAAAGGGGAAUCAGGUGCGUUCGGAAAUGUGCAGCGCUGAGUUUAAGUGGAUUUGUCAGAAAGACGCCGUCCUGAUCUAAGCAGUGACAGUAGGGGGGCGGUAUCCUUAGAAAGAACAGAUUCCCAGAUAGAAAGGCCAUUCGGAUUGU